UUGAACGGACGUCAACUCUGUCUUAACGAGUACCUGAAGGGAAACUUAUUAGAUGUACAUAAGGAGAAAAUGUGCAGCAGAGCCGCACUUUAGAAUGUUGACGAUAGCACGGUGUCAUGUGCUGUUUGCUUCCAUUUUUAGGUACACCGACCAUUGUGCUGUAACAGAAACGAAGCAACAUCUAAAUAUCGAAGUUGUUCUUUAGCCAGUGAGCGUCGAUUCGAAGCAGCGCCUCGUGGUGAGGGCUAAAUAGUGGUUAGUGGCUAAAAAUGGACAGAUUUGAUUCAGAAAGAAGUGAUCCACAUGAUACAACGGACUUAAAGACGUUGGAUAGGGCGGAACUUGAUGCUGAUUCCAGCGUACUGUCGACUUCUCGUUCACACGAAACAACGGAUGAAGUUGCUGCGGGAAAAUUAAGGACUCUCAAGGACAUCCCUGACAGACGCAACUCGUUAAGUUUCUCUUACAGCGACGAGGAAGACGACACCGACCUUUUCCCAACUUUGACAACUGAGAAGUUAUGUUCGAAGAACAGCGUUUUACCCAAUUCAGCGUCGGCGGAAGGUGACAUCGGCGAGUUUGCUGCUCGCAUUGCAGAAGCCAAAGUGAAGAAAGAUAACAUGAAGUUUAGCUUUCCGGAACCGGAGUUCCUCAAGGAGAUCCCGAAAUACGAUCGCGACUAUGAAGACCACGAGUUAGAGGACGCUUCUGAUCUUAUUCCGCUGUUACUCAGUACCCAAAAGAUUAAAGUUUCAGGUGUAGAAGAUAGUGCCACAAUGAAGUUUGCGAAGCUUACAUUGAACGGUCAUAAGGAGUAGGACGCGAUUCGCUAGAGAAUUUGGUCGGGACUUUUACGAAUCACGCCGAAAAUUACAGCAGGAAUAUAGUGAGCCAGAACGAGCUUUUUCUCGCUGGAUUUCAACCUCGGUGUUUUUUGCAAAUAAAAUUUA